AUGACGGUCUUCUUCUCUAUGAGUGCCCAAACAGAGAUUGCGCCAGAAAGUGACGCUUUAACUGCCUCAACACUCAGAUAUAAUUAUUAUGAGGAUAAAUGUGAAAGGGAUGUGGAGGAAAUAGUAUGGCCUACGAUGCACAGAAUAGUGCUAAUGCAACACAAUGCACCCGCCCAACUCUUGCGUCUUCUCUUCCAUGAUUGUUUCGUUGGGGGCUGCGGUGCAUCUGUUCUGCUUGCUGACAGUAGUAAGAAUGGAACUGUUGAACGUGAGGCGAUCCCAACUCGGACACUGAAAGGGUUCAAUUUCAUCGACAUGAUAAAGGAUGAAAUUGAGGAGGCAUGCUCUGGGGUCGUCUCUUGUUCUGAUAUAACUUGUCCUUGCAACAAGAGAUGGCAUCAUUCUGAUACCAUGACUGCUGGUGGACCAUAUUAUCCUGUGUUAACGGGCAGAAGGGACAGUACAGAGUCAUUCUUUGAUAAGGCCAUGGCUGAAAUUCCGCGGCCAAAUGGAGGACAUAACAUUGGAAAGAUUGGUUGUGAAUUCAUUCGGCCAAGGCUCAGUAAUUUCAUGGGGACAAAUUUACCUGAUCCAACAAUUCCCUGUGACUUCCUUGAAGAGUUGAAGCGAAAGUGUCCAGACAAUAACAACACCAUCAACAAUAUGUUCAAUGAGCAUACAGCUAGGAGUCUAAGUGAGCAUGCUAUGUCAUACUCCCAGGGACUGUUCACUGUUGGAGCUUGA